UCACAGGCUGAUUUUGUUAGACCAGCGAGGAGGAGAGCAAACACUGGGCAGAGAAAUCGACCUUCUAGCCGUAAUACAGGAUCUGAUGGUGAUCAAAAUGGUUCUGCCGCUGAGCGCUUGUCAGAAAUGCAGGAAUGUGCUCGCGAAAAUGUGGCGGUUGAGGUGAGACGUCCUGUGUAAAAAUGUUUUUGUGUCUGUUCUGAAGUUAUCGAAAUGUCUCAAGGUCUACUACUUGGCUAUAUUUUUUUAUGAAACUUUGAUACACUCCCAUGGUCAACAAUUUACUUUGCUUAGGGAACAACAAUCUCUGUAUUGAUCACCCAGUCCACUCAGUGUUGUAGAAAUAGUUUUCUAUUUCCAAAAUUUUAGUAUUCAAUUCAGACAGGCACUCGCGAUAAACCCACAGAGGAUUGCUGUCAUUGCUUGUAUGCGAAAAUCUACCCUAAAAAGUUAUCUGCUGUAAAAGAUUUAUAUGAAUUGUCUAGCAAGGUGUCCUACUGAGUAAAGAAAUCAAUAUAUUAUUCUUUUUUUAUCAUUCAAGAAUAUGAUACUUAACCUGGAUGAAGAAACAGUAAGGAGACUUGCCAUUAGAGUCCUUUUGAGGGGCAUUGGCAGUUUGGAAUUUAUCCAAAGCCAGCUGGUCGCAGAUGAUGAAAGUGAUGGUCCAAUAAUCAAUGCACAUGGAUCCCCCAUUAGAGGGCUGGUAGUCAGACAAACUGAAAGUACCUCUGGGGCGAUGGAUGAAACAACCCAAGAGGUGAUCUCUGGCCCUUCCACUGGACCAUCAACACUAGACAGUUCAUAUGCACCAGAAGGACCACCAACACCAGACAGGCCAAGACAUGGAGCACCACCUGUCCGCGAGUGGUGCAAGUGUGGGCAUUGUAGGCAAAUGAACAGAGCUAUCGAGAAUUUGUGUUGUAAAAAAAAAGAUUGUGUAACAUUGACACAGCGGUUUUAUAAACUCUGUCUGGAUCCUGACAUUUUACAAUUAUGUAUUCUAAACAGAGGUGAUAUUCGCGAUGAUCCUGUUGACAACAGUCCUCGACAAUUCAGAAAGGCCGCUUACAGACAGUUCAUAUUAGAUAAGUACGGGUAUUUGGGGAAUCGCAAGGUUGUGCCAUCUUGUGCUGUUUGGAAAGUUUGCGGGCAAUAUCCUUCCCCAACUGGAGUGUACAUGGGUUUUAGAGAUGAUUGA